GGCUCCCAGAGCGUGUGAACGGGGCAGCUGUAAACAGCGGUGGCGCGCGCUCGCCGAUAUUUUGGUCCUCAAUGAGGAGAGCGCGAGAGACCGGCGGUGCGGAGCGGGUCGAGGGCGACGUCUCUCCAGCUGUCGUUUAACUGGACUUGUCCGAGAACCGGACCGGAAACUCCGCUCGGGUGCAGCCGGCGGGAACGGAGUCGCCGACAGACUCGCUUAGAGGCGGGAAAACACGGAAUUACCGCUCAGAAAUUCUAAGUUGCUCGGAUCCUGUCAUUAAGCGACAGUCGCGAAGACCGUCGUAGUAAACAAAAAGAAGAGCUUUUAACGACACGCGCCGGUGUUAGAUAUUGCACUAAUAGGUUUGACACCUCUAAGGCGGGAAUUCGACCAAAACGGGAGCCCAUCGUCCGAUCUCACGCAUCGAAAUCCGUCGCCACCGAGUGAAUUAAUAAAUAAAUAAAGUCUGACUGACUGGACAUACCGGCGAGCGUUUGACAGCUUUUUUGGAAGCGUCUCAGUUUACCUCAGCUCGAGCGUCACUGUAAAUGAGCUGAACGGAAAGAGGAGGAAGAAUUGGUUGAGGGAGGAAGAGGGGUAAACCCACGCCAGCGUGAUCCCUCAGUCAUCAAUGGGAAAUACCGGAGCGCACGCGACUGGGGCGAGAUGCUCGGAGAAGCUCGAGGUGCGUCGCCGCGCUCUCACCGCGAGUGAGUUUUAAAAGAGCGCGCGAGGCGAGGCGACGAGAGGAGAGAGAAAGAGCACCGUGAAGUUGAACAUAUUCGUCAAUCGCUAGAAGAAGAGCCGGUCGGAAAAUUAACGUUUCACGUGGCACGUGCAUGAGAAAACAAAACGCGUCACCGAGCUUCCCAAGGCUUGCCGAGAAUGUGGGAACGUUUGACUGUUGACGAAGGAGAAGAUGACAGACGCUUCGUGAGAAAGAUACCGAGCUGUUUUUGUGAGAGGGGGUGAAGCUUUUUCCCGAGAUGCCCGAGAAUGUCUCCCUCAUCAGGAAUCGGACGGAAGUCGCGCAGGGUCGCGCUUGGGGUAGCGGAGCAGGCGCGCGGCCAGCAUGGGUCGUCAUGGUGCUGGCCGGUGUGCUGAUAUUCACGAGCGUGGUGGAUGUGCUCGGUAACGUGCUGGUGAUCAUCUCAGUGCUCAGAAAUAGAAAACUGAGAAACGCGGGUAAUGCGUUUGUAGUGAGCCUGGCUUUCGCCGAUCUCCUGGUGGUUUGCUAUCCCUACCCUCUGGUCUUGCACGCCAUGCUGCACGCGGGCUGGUUGCCAGAUGAGAUGGAGUGUAAGGUCAGCGGCUUCCUGAUGGGAGCCAGCGUCAUCGGCUCCAUCUUCAACAUCACCGCCAUCGCCAUCAACCGCUACUGUUUCAUCUGCCAGGCCAACACCUACGAGAAAAUCUACGGCCGCGCCGGAACCCUGGCGCUACUCACGUUAGUCUGGGUGCUCACCGCCAUCGCCAUUCUUCCCAACCUGGCGCUGGGGUCGUUGACGUACGACCCUCGCGUUUACUCGUGCACCUUUAGUCAGACGACAAGUGCGGGCUACACCAUUGCUGUGGUGACCGUGCACUUCCUGCUUCCUAUCGCGGUAGUUACGUUCUGCUAUCUGAGGAUUUGGGUGCUGGUGCUUCGCGUGAGGAGGCGGGUCACGACCGACGUCAGGCCACGCCUCCGUCCCAGCGAGCUGCGCCAUUUCUUGACCAUGUUUGUCGUCUUUGUGCUGUUCGCCGUCUGCUGGGCGCCUUUGAAUCUGAUUGGUCUGGCUGUAGCGGUGGACCCGCCCCGAGUAGCGCCCCUGGUCCCUGAUUGGCUGUUUGUGGUGAGUUAUUUCAUGGCAUAUUUUAACUCCUGCCUGAACGCCGUAGUGUACGGACUGCUCAAUCAGAACUUCCGCAGAGAAUAUCGAAGAAUACUUCUGUCGCUUUGUAAGCCACGCCUUUUCCUGCAGGAGACAUCAAGGGGUGGGACUGAGCGCAGCAACAAACAGUCACCUGGCAACAACAACAACGAUGAUCAGCCCAAAGCGAACACAAUAUAACUUACCCACAAUCCAUUCAAUUGUUCACAGAUAUCAAAAUUUAAAUCGCAUCCACUUAAUGUUUUGAAAACGUCUCACUUUAGAUCCCACCCUCUGCAAAAAAAAAAAAAAAAAAAAAAACUAAAACUAAAAAACAAUACCUCAUUUGUUGGAAACCAUACAAUUAUAAUAAUCCUCAGUUUUAGGGAAAUUAAUUACAUCUCACAAAAGCAUUACAAUCACAUUCAAUGAAUGCAUGCUAAUGAUUGAGAACAGUGCAAUAAGUCAUUACCAGACAAAAGGUGCAAACUCGAGGAAAACAAAGACUGCAGAACAUUUUCAUCUUCUCCAAACACUCGCCCCUAGAAAAGAACUUAUUUUUUUCACUGUUAGUUGGAGACCGUUUUCUCCAACACCCAUAAAUUCACUCCUAACAGAUCUCUCUGUUUCACAAGUGCUUCCCUAAUGAUAUGACAAUAUUAAAGAAACGCUCCCCAAAUGCUCACACAUUUGUGACCUCUCAGCACCUUGCCAUACGUUUUCCCAGCGCUCCAAUAGCGUUAGCACUUUUGGCACUGUAAGUACACUAGAGCCUCCCCUUGUGCUAUGCAACCAAUUAAUUUUAAACUCGACAGAGAAAGUGUAAAACUCGGGCUCCCUUAGGUUUGCAGCAGAGGUUAUCCAAACGUUCCCCCAAAACACUGCAGCAACGUUCUUGUAAAACUCCCCUAUUGCUAUGCAAACUCAACUUGAGCAUCUCCCACAGCUGCAUUCGUGCAAACACUGGAAAUCUUCCGGUAACCUCCCCACAACAUUCCUCUACUAGGUCUCCGGAUGGCGUCCUGUGGGAAUACGCCAAAAUGCUGCAAGAACAUGUUCUUAUAUUCUCCAUAGGUUUAAAAACAAAACAUCACACGCUCCCUACGUCUGUGCGCCAGAACACAUCUUCACAUGCUGCACGUUAUGGCAUACUUGCAUUAAAACUUUUACUGAGCAAAGUUUAGCAUUGAAUCCAUUAAAAGGUUUCAAAUAAUCAAGGGAAUUUAAAGUGCCCCUAUUACGGAUUUUUAAAAAAUGACCUUUCAUGCAGUGUGUAACACAGCUCUAAGUGAAUGAAAACUUCCUGUCAAGUUUAUAUCUAAAAGCGCCCCUCAUAUAAAAGUUAGUGUGUCUUAAAAGAAAGAUUAGACUCUGAAUAAUUGAAACCAGUUUAUUUUUAAAAUAAAUCCCAAUCCAUUUCAUGCUGACAUCAGCAUGAAACAUUAGCAUAUUGCACGCCUACUUGUUUGUCUUUUCCCAUUGGUCUAAAUGCUAAUUUUUGUACUGGU